AUGGGAAAUGAUAGGAAACCAAGGCUGACUUUCGAAGAGGUCUUGCUCUGUAUCGCAGGCGUCCUAUCCUUCCGCAGCCUCAUCGUCGUCUUCAUCUGCAAUUUUUGGGGACACUUUGAUGCUUCCCUGCGGUAUCCCAUCGUGCACGAUCUUGACAGUUUUUUUGCCUUGAAACAGCUCUUCCUGGUUCUCCUGAAGACAGCAGGAUACCUCUUGGGCUUCAGGGAGGUCACCAAGAACUUAGGAUGGGCCGUCCUUGCACUCCUCGUAAAUGUUUGCACAGUUCCAAUCAUUUGGCUGACAGCUUUGCCAAUUGGGGACGUAAACAGCUACCAUCAGAAGCAUGAUGUGCUUGAUGAAGACCUGGCGAUUCGGAUAUGGUGCACGCUCACUGUGAGUACAGAAAGGGCAGCUGCAGUUGCACGUUUCAAGGCAACAGCUCGAAAGGCGUUGGCAGGCGUAGCAAAAGCGGUGCCUAUGCUAAAGCCAGCUGCCCUACGCAUAGAUCCUACCUUGGUGAGAAUCCUCAAGGCAAACUCUGUCUGA